AUGCUUCCUCGAUCAGCCCGUCUGCUGACACCGGCCAUUGGGGCUUUCCAAUCUGCUCGUGCUCCCAUCAGCCGCAGCUUCACCUCCACACAUGUCCCAAUGAACUCAUCCCAACAGUCCAGUGCCUACAAGGACGGGAUGAAACAAUAUAAGACUUUCACAGGCCCCUUCGCCAAAGUCUUUCUAGGAGGCGUGUUCGUCUACCAGGUGAUCUAUUGGACUUGGUUAAAGUUGGAAAUGGAUGAGACAAAAGUGCGAAAGAAUGAACAAGUUGCCGUGCUAGAAAAACAAGCCCGAGAAAUCGCCGACAGCCAGAAAUAA